AUGGCCGAGAGCAUGCCAUCUUGGGCGCGCAAGGAAAUUGACUCUAUAUGUAGAAAAUCUCUCUGGGCAGGCCGGGAUGAUUCAGUUAGAGGAAAAAUGUACGAUUCCCGAGUUGGUUAUCCUAGUUAUCUUGCACCCGAGGGCUCUGUAGCAUCUUACUAUACUUCAAGACCUUCUGUUCUACCGGGUGGACCAGACGUUCUUAGAAACGAUGUAAUACAACUCAGCUUUUGGAGGAUUCAGAGGAAAGUAAUGUUGCAACCAAGAGCGUAUGGUUUCGAUGGUCCAGCAGGAGUGAUGAAUCCUGCUUUGGCUGGCCUGACUGGACUACCUGUUGGAGCUAUGGCACGAGGGUCUAGUGCUUUGGAAGACCCGUCUUUGGCUGUGCUGAGUGGACGUGCUCCAGCCAGGGCACUGGGACCUAGUCCUUUGAAAGAAGAACCGGAUGUAGUAGGGAGAAGUUCUUCUCUAGGCACAGGUGCUAGUAUUCCAGAUGUUGAGCGCCACAGCUCACUUCCAAACUUUGAUGGGCCCUCAGAAGAUGAAUCCAACAUUCUUUUUGUUGAUUGUCUUCCUACUGAUUGCACAAGGAGAGAAGUAGCUCAUUUGUUCCGUGUUUUUCCUGGCUUCAAGGACAUCAGAGUAGUGCACAAGGAGCCCAGACGUAGUGGUGACAAGGCUUAUGUUCUGUGCUUUGUGGAGUUUGAGAAUGCAAAAUGUGCACGCGUUCCUAUGAAAGAGUUACAAGGAUACUGCUUUGAUGACCGGAAGCCUGACAGCCCUUGUCUUAAGAUCCAAUUCGCAAGGACGCACAGCGGGACGUUCAAGGACGGGGAUCUGCGCGUCAACAAGGACGGCCUCCGCAUCGUCUCGCAGAGUGAGGGAGGCGAGGCUUCUCCUAUAGAGCCACUGGAUAGUCACCUGAGCUUAGAUGAUCUAGAUGUUAUAAAAGUGAUUGGGAAAGGUAGCAGCGGAAAUGUGCAAUUGGUCCGCCACAAAUUUACUGGCCAGUUUUUUGCUCUGAAGGUUAUUCAACUAAAUAUUGAUGAGAAAAUACGCAAACAGAUCGCCAAGGAGUUGAAAAUAAACUUAUCAACGCAGUGCCAAUAUGUUGUUGUGUUCUAUCAGUGUUUCUAUUUUAAUGGCGUCAUUUCUAUUGUUUUGGAAUACAUGGAUGUUGGCUCCCUUGCAGAUUUCCUGAAGACUGUUAAAACGAUUCCAGAGGCCUACCUUGCUGCUAUCUGUAAGCAGAUACUAAAAGGACUGAUAUACUUGCAUAACGAGAAGCGCAUUAUACACCGAGAUCUGAAACCAUCAAAUAUAUUGAUAAAUCAUAGGGGUGAAGUAAAAAUAUCUGACUUUGGUGUAAGUGCCAUUAUUUCUAGCUCCUCUGGACAACGAGAUACAUUUAUUGGCACACGCAACUACAUGGCGCCAGAAAGAAUCGAUGGAAAGAAACAUGGUUCUUUGAGUGAUAUCUGGAGUUUGGGACUAGUGAUACUGGAAUGUGCAACCGGCAACUUUCCAUUUCCUCCUUGUGAAAGCUUUUAUGAACUUCUCGUAGCUGUUGUUGAUCAACCACCACCAUCUGCACCAACGGAUCAGUUUUCGCCAGAAUUCUGUGCAUUCAUUUCUGCAUGUCUCCAGAAGGAUGCUAAUGAUAGGUCAUCAGCUCAAGCCUUAUUGAAAUGGUCUGCAAGACUAAACCACUUAUCUUACCCUUCUCUUCCUGUUGUCUUCGACGCAGGACCAUCCAUUCCUGAGCAUGAUGGCAUUUGUGAAUUCCCAAAACAGAAUGGCACGCUCCGGCUUAUCAUCAGAACGCUGUCCAAGAAGGGAGAAAACCAUCCGGCCUCCGGGAACCAUCUCUUGAGCUCGCAGAUGCAAGAUCCGUUUGAAAUCAUCGUUAAACUGCCGAGCAUAGGCCUUGAUGACUGUGGAACGUCGAGCACGCCUCACCGCCUCGUCCUGUCAUAA